ACAACAAAAAGGGCUGGGCGCUUGGCCCCCAAGCUUCCGGACGGGGGAGAAAAAUCAGUCCAGCAGCUGAAAGUUCUCUCUACAGUGACCUGGGUCCUGUGAAUCCUAGUUCCCUCAGACCCUGAGGAAUAAAGACUUCCAGAAUCUCACACUGGGUGCUGGAAGUUUCGUGGGAGAAAAGAUUGCAGCAGAAGAAAUGGCGGCUCUGCAAAAAUUGCCACAAUGUGGAAGGCUUACCCUGCUCUGCUUUCUUGUGGCUGUCUUGUGGGAAGUCGGAGCUGGGCAGAUGCACUAUUCUGUGCCAGAAGAGACCGACAAAGGCGCCUUUGUGGGUGACAUCGCCAAGGACUUGGGGCUGGAGCCCCUGGCACUGGCAGAGCGUGGAGUCCGCAUCGUCUCCAGAGGUAGGACACAGCUUUUUGCUCUGAACCCGCGAAGUGGCAGUUUGGUCACCAAGGACAGGAUAGACCGAGAGGAGCUCUGUGCUCAGAGUGUGCAGUGCCUGGUGAAUUUUAACAUACUCCUGGAAGACAAAUUAAAUAUUUACUCAGUAGAAGUGGAAAUAACAGAUAUUAAUGAUAAUGCCCCUCGCUUUGGAGUAGAGGAACUAGAGCUAAAAAUAAGUGAAACGACCGCCCCGGGAUUCCGAAUUCCCCUAAAGAGUGCGCAUGAUGCAGACGUAGGAGAAAACACACUUCAGAAGUACGAACUGAACCCAAAUGACCACUUCUCCCUGGAUGUGCGAAGCGGAGUGGAUGGGAACAAGCACCCUGAGUUGGUGCUGGAGCUUGCCCUGGACCGAGAGGAGAAGGCCAUUCACCACCUUGUCCUUGUGGCUUUGGAUGGGGGCAGCCCAGUCCGAUCGGGCACCUCCCGCAUCCGCGUGACCGUCCUAGAUGUGAAUGACAAUGCGCCUGUAUUUACACAGCCCGAGUACCGUGUAAGUGUUCCUGAGAAUAUUCCCGUGGGCACUCGGAUACUCACAGUGACUGCCACUGACACAGAUGAGGGAUACAAUGCCCAAGUGGCAUAUUAUCAAGAGAAAAAUCCAGGAGAAACCUCACAGGUAUUUGAGCUUGAGUCAACGUCUGGAGAGAUAACAAUCACAAAGAGUCUAGAUUUUGAGGAUGCCAAAGUCCAUGAAAUUGAUAUUGAAGCUCAGGAUGGUCCAGGCCUUCUGACCAGGACAAAGGUUAUUGUGACAGUUCUGGAUGUGAAUGACAAUGCCCCAGAAUUUUACAUGACAUCUGUUACUAGCUCAAUUCCUGAAGACUCACCCCCAGGAACCAUAAUUGCACUUUUCAAUGUACAUGACAGAGACUCUGGGAUGAAUGCAUUUAUCACAUGUUCACUCCCUGAGAACCUUCCUUUCAAGUUAGAAAGAUCAGUGGACAAUUACCACCGACUGGUUACAACCAGAGCCCUUGACAGGGAACAGUUUUCCUUUUACAACAUCACUGUGACUGCUAAAGAUGGAGGGAAACCAUCUCUGUCCUCGGAUGCUUACAUUUUGCUGCAGGUGGCAGACAUCAAUGACAACCCACCCACCUUCCCUCACCUGUCCUACUCUGCCUAUAUUCCUGAAAACAAUCCCAGAGGUGCCUCUAUCAUUUCUGUGUCGGCUCAUGACCCUGACAGUGAUGACAAUGCCCAUGUAACUUAUUCUUUGACCGAAGACACUCUUGAGGGUACUCCCCUCUCCUCUUACAUCUCCAUCAACUCUGACACCGGCAUCGUGUAUGCGUUGCGCUCCUUUGACUAUGAGCAGUUCCAGGAUUUGCAACUGUGGUUGACUGCAUGUGAUAAUGGGAACCCACCCCUCAGCAGCAACGUGUCAUUGAACAUAUUCGUGCUGGACCAGAACGACAAUGUCCCCGAAAUCCUGUACCCGGCCCUCCCCACUGACGGUUCCACAGGCGUGGAGCUGGCGCCCCGAUCCGCAGAGCCCGGCUACCUGGUCACCAAAGUGGUGGCGGUGGACAGAGACUCUGGCCAGAACGCCUGGCUUUCCUACCGCCUGCUCAAGGCCAGCGAGCCAGGGCUCUUCGCGGUGGGGCUGCACACGGGCGAGGUGCGCACAGCGCGGGCCCUGCUGGACAGAGACGCGCUCAAGCAGAGCCUGGUGGUGGCGGUGCAGGAUCACGGGCAGCCCCCUCUGUCGGCCACCGUCACGCUCACCGUGGCCGUGGCCGACAGCAUCCCCGACGUCCUGGCGGACCUGGGCAGCAUCGGGACCCCCGCCGACCCAGACGAUGCGGACCUCACGCUCUAUCUGGUGGUGGCGGUGGCGGCCGUCUCCUGCGUCUUCCUCGCCUUCGUCAUCGUGCUGCUGGCGCUCAGGCUGAGGCGCUGGCACGCGUCGCGCGUGCUCCAGGCUUCAGGAGGCGGGCUGGUGGGCGUGCCGGCCUCGCACUUCGUGGGCGUGGACGGGGUGCGGGCUUUCCUGCAGACCUACUCGCAGGAGGUGUCCCUCACCGCGGACUCGCGCAAGAGUCACCUGAUCUUCCCCCAGCCCAACUAUGCGGACACGCUCAUCAGUCAGGAGAGCUGUGAGAAAAAGGAUUUUCUAUCAGCAUCUCAGGCUUUACUUGAAGAUAAAGGAGAAGAAACAGUUCCCCAGGUAAAUUCCCUUCACAAUAUACUUACAAGCUAUUGCUAAAAUAAACAUGUAUUUAUUUACUUAGCUGCCUCCUUUGUUUACCACAUCUUUUCUAUUUUUCAUAUUUCCUUGUGAAUAUAUCAGUUCUUAUGAAAUUAGUCUUGGCGAAUUAUAUCUCAAUAGCUCUAAGUGUUCACUAAGGGGAAGGGGGGUUAGAAUCAUUUAUCAUGAAUAUAAAUCAGGAGUUAGUAUCAGGUUAAUAUUAUAUUUAGGUUAUCAAAGAGCAUUCCAUUAAGAACUGGUAUAUCUGGUUUUUCAUACUUUCUUUCCCAUCCCUGGACAAAUCAUCUCAUCUAUCUGGGUCAAUAAUUCUUUCUCUCUUAAAAAUAUGGAGGUUGAGGGGCCCCUGGCUGGCUCAGUUGGUGAACCAUGUGAGUCUUGAUGUGGUGGUCAUUAGUUUGAGCCCUAUGUUGGCGGUAGAGUUUACUUUUAAAAAAAUAAAAUAAAAACAUAAUUUUUAAAAAUGAAAGUUGAAUUUUAUGUUUAUGCAAGUGUAUUAAAAGUCAUGGGUUUUGUUUUAUAUUUUGAUCUAUGAGUAAUGAAAUGCUGUAGUUUCUUCACACUGAAUUUUAAUAAUUUUCCUUCAGUUUGGCACUGAGGUUCUUCAUUUUAUUUG